AGUAGCAAAAGUGGCUCCAAAAAUGGCAUGGAACAUGGGGAGAUCCCUCUGCAGAGGCUGAGUGGUUGUUUAGGGGCUCCCCCUGCCCCAGGUGAGGCACUGAAUGCGGUCCUUGGGACAGCCUUUGGCAGAGCCUGGCCCAGUGCCCAGACAGAGACCAUGGGGCUCAUCCCAGCACCCCAGUGGUCCCAGGGCUGUGAGUGAGUCAGGGACUGGUGAAAUCUCUGGAUCAGGACCAGAGACAGGACCAGGAUCAGGGUCAGGACAAGGACCAGGGUCAGGAUAAAGGUGAGGGGUCUCACUCCCAUGCCCAGGACUCGAGCCCGUUCCCUGCAGUUUAUGGGAUGUUUAUGGGAUGUUCAUGGGCUCUCCCAGCACAGGCUGGUGGGAUGAGUUUGCACAGGCUCAGGGUGCUGAGUCACAGUGCUGGCCCCAGCCUGGCCGUGGCCAGGGGCUGUGCUGGGGUGAUAACUGGGGUGGCACAAACAAGAUCCUUGUGGGCAGUGAUAAGGCAGCCCCUGGCCCCAGGGCAGUGUCCCCUUUCUGCUGAGUCAGACUCUGACACAGCAGAAAACAUUUUUGCUGAGCCAGAGCGGCGGCCAGGGGAAAACAGCCAUCUUUUAAAAUGGAUUAUUUAUUUUUCUUGGCAGAGCCAGGAGGGCAGCUCUGGACUCCCCAGCACGGGCUGCUCGCUCCUGUGCCCUGAGGGGCUCAGGACCCUCCUGUGUCCGUGGGGCAGAGCCCGUGGCAGGCUCAGGAGAUCUGCAUUCCCAAAGGGAUGGUGGGACUCGUCCUGAGAACCAGCCCCUGGUCUCCAUCCUCCCUCCUUCUGACCUGCUGCAAGUCCUGGGGGCAGGUGAUUCCUCACUGAAACAGCACUGAUGCGAGUGAAGAAAAGAGCAAACCAGCCCCAAGAGCUGCUCCAGCAGGGCACCCUGCCCCCGUGGUGAGACCAAGGGCUGUGCACGGGCUUUGGUGAAGCUCUCAGCACUGCUGGAUGUGCUCAGGUGUUACAGGUGCACUGCUUCCACUCAGCACCUGCAUUUCUGCUUUGUGGUGGGAGUUGUUGUUAUUCUUUCUGAGGCAGCAGCAUGUGGGCCUUUUGCUGCCUUUUGCAUUUAUUCCAGUAUUUGUUCUGUUCCCAGAGCCUUGUCUCUUCUGCCUCCUGGCAUGGCCCAAACCCCAUCUGCCUGAUGCAGGGCACUGGAGGAAAUCGGGUUUGUUGUGUUUGAUACGAUACCUGCCUUGGGGAAGGAACUCUGGAUUGUUCCCCAGGCAGGAGGUGCUGCUUGUGAAAGAGGCUGGACGAGCCCCUCGUCACCAAAGCAUUGUCCCUUGUGCUAAUAAACACUGGCACCAGUCAAAGCUCCCUAAAGAGAGGGGGAAGUUCCUCCCCAGUGCCAGCACCUGUGCCAGAAGCUUUCCCAUUGCAGCUGCCCAGGAAGCUGUUGAGCUGUGAUUGUGAGGUGCUGCAGAGAGUUGAGAGGCUUUUUGGGCUUUAGGGGCAUAAAUGUAGUUAAAAUGCAAGUUAGCUCCUUCCUGGCUCUCAGGUUCCUGUGUCUGUCUCCUCAAGCCUGUAGCUGCUUUUUUUUCUGGUGUGUUUUGUGCUAUUUUAAUGCUGUAAAUACUUUGUCUUGCUUCUGUGUUUUGCAAAAUUCUUCUUAAAAUGUGUCUGGUUUACAUCCUUGUGCUGUGUCAACAAGGAAUGGGAAGGAGUUUUCUUGAUUAAAUCUUGUUGUUGGUUGGUGUGUUUGAGGUUGUUUUCUGGCUGAUUUUUAGAAAAUAACUAUAAAAUUGGUCGCAGCCUGUAGGUGGGCAGAGGAUGCCAAGGCACAGUGGGGUGCCCUGUCUUCGAUUGCCCAAACCAGACCAGGCUGGACAGCCUGGCACAGGGGAAUGGCAGGGCUGGAGUGAGAUGGGCUUUGAGAUUCCUUCCAACCCAAGCCCUCUGUGAUUCCGUGAUAAUUCGGGUCUCUGCUGGAUUUCCAGGACAGGGUUUCCAAGUCUCAGACGCAGAUAAAGAAAAUGUUUUCCUGUCUUAGCACACUCCUGAAUUCAACAUGGGCCUCCUGCAGCUCCUGGCCCGUACUAAGUGCUGCUGUUUGGUUUGGGGUUUGGUGCAAUCCCUGCCCCUCUGAAUGCUCACGAGAGAUCCCUGGACUCCCCAUCUUUUGGGGCAGAAGGUUUGGGGGCUGAAGCUUCCAUCUGAAGCAGUGGGGUGGCAGAAGGACCCCGACCUGAGCGGGUGUCCCAGAGCAUCCCCUCCUCCCCCAGGGCUGAUGAGCUGCUGGUCAGUCCGGGCUGUGCCAGGGCUGUUUGUCCCCGGUGUGUGCUGUCCUGAUGAUAACGUGGGGCUGACCUUGCAGCCUGCCGGGGGGGCUGCACUCCUGUCCUUGUGCCACCAGCUGCUGCCAGCUCCUCAGGAGAGCCCGGCCUCCAGAGCACCUCCCUCGCUGCUGCCUGUGCCAAACCCUGUCCUGGGCUGUCCCCUCUCUGUCCCCUCUCCUGGGCUGUCCCCUCUCUGCCCCCUCUCCUGGGCUGUCCCCUCUCUGUCCCCUGUCCUGGGCUGUCCCCUCUCUGUCCCCUGUCCUGGGCUGUCCCCUCCGUGCCCAGCUGUGUCCCAGGAUGGCACUGGCAGUGACACUGGCACUGGCACUGCUGGCUCCCGAUGCCGUUCUGCCAGGGAAGGACUCACUGCUGAAUGUCUGCAUGGAUGCCAAACACCACAAAAGUGAGCCUGGCCCCGAGGGGAAGCUGUAUGACCAGUGCUCCCCCUGGAAGGACAAUGCCUGCUGCACAGCCAACACCAGUUCAGAGGCCCACAAGGACCAGUCCUUCCUCUACAACUUCAACUGGAAGCACUGUGGGGAGAUGCCACCCCAAUGCAAGCGCCACUUCAUCCAGGACACGUGCUUGUACGAGUGCUCACCCAACCUGGGGCCCUGGAUCGAGCAGGUUAGCAGCAGCUGGCGGCGGGAGAGGAUCCUGCACGUGCCCCUCUGCAGGGAGGACUGCGAGGAGUGGUGGGAGGACUGCAAGGACGCCCGCACGUGCAAAGAGAACUGGCACAAGGGCUGGAACUGGGCAACAGGAACGAACCGCUGUCCCUGGGGUUUCAUGUGCAGACCCUUCAGGCAGGUGUUCCCUCGGCCCAAAGACCUGUGUGAGAAGAUCUGGUCCAGCUCCUUCAGCUACAGCCCCGAGCGCCGGGGCAGCGGCCGCUGCAUCCAGAUGUGGUUCGACCCUGCCCAAGGCAACCCCAACGUGGCUGUGGCCAAAUACUACGCUGAGAGAAAGAGAUCCUCCCCUGCUCAGGUGGAGGACGUGGCUCCUGAGAGUGACCAAGCUGUGCGUGCUCCGCCGUGCUCUGUCCUGCUCCUGCUGCCCCUGGCCCUUGUGCUGCUCCCUGGGGGAGCUGGGGGCUGUGGGACCCAUGGAUGGGGGGCCCUGUGACCACUCUGUAAAGGGGCAUGGCCUGGACUGCUCCAGCUGCCCUGCAAGAGGAGCUGCCACAAGUAACUCUGUCUGUCUGUCCCAGUGCUCAGCAUAGGUUGUGUUGUUAGACCUUGACAGCACCUUUUGGCUGCUGACCAGAACAGGGAUUUUCUUGCCUCUGGGGGAAGAGCAGCACAGUCUCUGCUCUAUGUGGGAGCUGCUGCACAUCUGUUCCUUCCCCAGGGCCGUGUGCUGGCUUGGCUGAGCUGUGGUGUCUGGUCCUCGGGCUGUUGUGACUCCUUGAAGGGUGGCUUUGAUAAUAAAGUCUUGCUCUGGAUCA